AAGCCAGACACCGGUAGAUCUGAAACCACUUCCCGCGAAAUGGUUUAGUUAGCAAAACUAUAAGGAAACAUGAGUUGUUAUAUCGGCUAGGUGAUCACUUUGACUUUUACACAUUGUUAAAAGUACAAAGGGAGGUCAAUACUUCUAUACAUGCCCAGGUCUCUUUGAAAAACACAAACUUGCACCAUGGACAGUGAGUGUGUAUCGCUGCUGCCGAGGGUGUGUAAGGUGCUGGCGGACUCAGGGUCUCUGCCGGAUGACACAAGCCUGGAGAAACUUUUGGACUGGUUCACGAUGCUCAUCAAGACCGGGGAAUCUGUGCUGGAGUCCUGCCCAUGUGUGACUGAAUUCAUCUCCACUGUGGUUUGCAACACAGCUUCAGAGCCUAGUGUCCUUUCCUUUACGCUCAAACUCACCGGCUUACUUGCAGCCACCGAGGAUGGCUUUUUAACACUUCAGGAAUGCUCUGCUCUGGACCAGGCCUUCAGUUUGCAGCACUGGCAAGGAGCGGGUCUCUGGGAGGAUCCCUGUUUAAGGAUUGGUUGGAUCCAGGGAUUAAAAAACUCUCUGCAGCACCCGAAGGCUCUCAGUUUCUUUGUACAAUCAGAUUUUAUACAACCACUCAUACAACUCCAGACUGACACAAGCUUAUUUGUUGCUGCGGCUGCCAAUCAAAUGCUCGCCGACGUCCUGCUCUUAUUCCAGCCGGUCUCGUCUUCAGGAUGUAACAGCAUGGAUGAGAAAGAGGAAAAAGUUAAUGGGAGCACACUACAUGCCUCAAACAUAGACUUAGAACAACCAGCUGUCACAAUGGAAACCAGUGCAGAGUACACUGCUGUUGUCAAGGUGGUAUCACAGUACCUCAAGGAGUCAAUAGUGCCUAAAGAAAACACACAGCUCCAGAAGACUAAGCAGACCCUUAAGCUGCUUGCCCUGCUGCUGGCCCAGGCCAGGCCUCCUCUCCGGGAUGAGCUGCUCCAGACUGUGUCGGGGUCUCUGGAGGAGGUGGUGACGGCAGGCUACAGUCAGCUCACGCUGCCUCUGUUGGAAGUUAUUCUGGCUGCAUACAGCAGCUCCAGAACUGAAAGUGUGUUAGUCCAGCGUGUCGGCUCUCUGCUAUCAUCCAUGUUGAAUAUUAACAAACCUGCAGAAGUCAUUCAAGCUGCAGCUGCUUUUCUUCGCAGUGGUCAUCACGAUACUACCCACACACCGCAAGCUGUAAGAAUACUACUGCUUCCCCUCGACAUUAUAACUGGUCACACUCUACUGGGCACAGACAUAUCAGCCGAUGAUCAGCAGUUUACCAGGGCAGACCAUCUGACGAAUAAAACCUCAUGCAUCUCUUUGAUCUGUACUUGUCUGACAAACACAUCAAACAUCACACUCGUGCCCUCUGGCCUCCUCCCUUGUCCUCCCGCUUUAAUUAUCACUGCAGUUCUGUCGUUGAUGAGGAUCUGCAGAGGCGUCUCCACCUCAUCGUCCUCUGGCUGCGGUGACAUUUGCAGGAAUGUGAUCGGCAGUGGUAAAGUUCAGAAAUGUGCUCUGGAUGCUCUGACAUUUCUGAGCAGCAGCCCAGGAGCCAAGGAGAAGAUCAGUGAAGUGUUCACAGUUCUGAUCAAAUAUCUGGAGAAUCCUGAUUCUGAGCCCACAGUUAUCCACAAGACCUACCAAGCCAUAAUAAAGUGGAUCAGUGUGUGCACAGACUUCUCCUUUAUAACAGACCAGCUCAGACGAGAUCUGGUGGAGGUUGUGAAGAAGCGUGUGUGUGACAUGCGCUGGGAAGUGAGAGACUCGACCGUCGAGUUUCUGGGACACCUGGCAGGUGUCAGUGUCUCACUGAAAUCCGCAGAGGAGGUGUGUUCUGCGUCAGAAGCUCUGCUGGGAGGCUGCUCGACCACUCCUCUCCUUAGGGAGGCGCUUCAGGACACAGAGAGCUAUGUUAGAGCCAGCGCUGUCUCUUCACUGGCAAAGACUCUGACACACAGCUGGCAGCAGGGGGCAGCACAUACUCAGGAGGAGACUGAAAUAGUGAGCCGGCUGCUUGAAAUCCUCUCCAAAGACACAGAGGGAUUCGCCAGGAGGGCUGUGGUACAAUACUUCAUCGCCUGGUUCUCCACGUCCUCCUCCGCCUCUCACCUGACGCAGAGUGUUCACUCCGUCGUCUCACAGGGCAGCGCAGAUCUGGACUGGGAAGUCAAAUUUCACACGCUGGAGUUGGCUGAACUGCUCAUGGAUGAAAUAUUUUCAGGUCGGCAGGGUUACAGGAAGAGCUUGGACACACAUCAUGACGCACAGCACCCUUAUGGUGUAGUUAGUGAGCAGGCCUACACCCUCCACACUCACAAGGAGGGGGUGGCGUCAGACUUGAGCAGAGUGUUGAAGAAUCUGGUCGAGCAGGGAGUUGUCUCAGUGCUGCUGAGCAGUGUGAUUGACUGUGAUCGGCCCGUGGCGCUGAAGGCCUGUCAACUGCUGAUAACACUCAGACAGACGGUCUGUCCUCUGUUGCUAGGCAACCAAGAUGCUUCCACAGAAACAAUUGAUAGAGUGUCCUGUGAACUUCCUGGCUGGGGCUGGGGGCUAGAGAUCAGAAAGAUACUGGGGAUAAAAAAGAGCAAUGACGCCCAAGAGAUGGACAUGAUGGCUAAGGUCGAGACGGGAGAGGAGUGUGCGGUUGAGGGAGGGGACAGUGUGACUGUUGGUUUGUGUGAGGUGUUGGGCUCUCUGGGUUUAGACAACAUGCUGGACGUUUUGACACAAAGCAGCGACCACAUCCACAACUCUCCCCUCUCUCUGCUGCAGGACAUUCUGACUGCACGGGCAGCGAACACUAGUUCAGACACACAGCCGGGGCAGGAGGUCAUUGUGGACUGCUACUGAUACAUGAACACACACACACACACACACACACACACACACACACACACACACACACACACACACACACACACACUUGCUUCCUUAAUUUCUGAUUUAUACAUCAACAAUGCUUCUAUUUUUAUAACAGGAAGAUCAAUAGAUAAACCAAUAGAUGAAAACUUUCAGUGUUUUGUGGGUUUAUUUGAAGCUGCACUUGUCUUCGCUUCCAGUAGAGGUCAAUCACAACUUAAUAAUGCACAGGUCUAAAACAGACUUAUUUUGAGUCUUUUUAAUCAGAAAAAGCCAUAAAUAAAUAUAAAAAUAAAGGUGACGCAUGGUCGAGUCUGCACAUCGGAGAACAACACAGAGAACAUGACAGCUACUUUGUGGCUUAUUUUGACUCAUGUUAGUCCGAUACAGCCAGAACACUCUGGAUUUCCUCAUAAUGAAGGCUGCCAAUGUUGUGUAUCUGCGUUCUUGUGCUCGUGCAUGAACUGUACACCUCUCCGAAGCAUGCAAGAGCCAAGGAAGUGUGCCGUGCUUGAGGUACGAUCACUCUGGUCAAACGAACUGGACUUUAGGGGUGAAGCGUGCUUAGGCACGGUAGAGAUUGCUAGUGUGAUCACGCCCUUAUACCUGUUCAAAAGAAGUGAAAUGUAUCUGAAAAGUCAAACAAAGGCAGAAGUAUUUUAAAUCAGCUCUGGUUGAAAGUCAGCGUAUACAGAAGAAAGGUCAUGGUACCAGAAUUUUGAACUUUGAAACAAUACCAGUAGACUUCUACGAUCUCAAUAUCUGCUUUAAUACAAGCUACAAAAUUUGAAGUCCUAGGCACCUGAUUAUUUCUUAUUUUUAAUUACCAGAAAUUGCAGGCAAUCUCCUGCACACUGUCUAAGUGACAUAAAUACUGUUGUAACAUUUCAUUACUGAUAUGAAUUUGUGAAAUGAAGAGAUUACACCUCCUCUGCCUGUUUGUUAAAGACUUAAAUGUAACCUAAAAAACAUGAGUGUUUGUUGAUGUGGGAGUUGGAAGGAACACAGCUGCUCGUUCAUUUGCAGCAGUUUAUGGUUAAAAAUAUGACUGAAGAUCUGUAUGUUUUUUAAACUUCAUUAAAACUGAUCAUUAACGAA